AUGGGAAGAAGAUCUUGGCCAAGAGCUUUCGACAUGUCGCAAACGAAUCAAACGUGGUACCAUUCAACAAAUGACAAUGCACUGACUUGGAAAUCAGGAGCUCUAGUAAUUGGAAUUUGUGGGGUGUUGGGGUUAUUUGAUAUACAAGAACCAGUCGCAUGUGCUUCGAACAAAGAUAAGGAUGAAGAUUUUAUAGAGAAAGCGAAGAAGAUGGUGCAAGAGUUUUCUACUAGUGCAAUUACACAAGUUGUAUCAUUAUUUCCAAAUGAUGACAAGAAUGUGAAGAAAAAAAUAAAUACGUUUGUAGCCUCGGGUACAGGAGGUCAAAUCUCGUGGGGUAUCUGCAUGGGCAUAUGUGCAGGUUUUGCACUCAAGAAAAUGUCAAAGCUGGGUGUCGUUUCGAUUGGCGCUCUUUUUGUCAUGUUACAAUGUGCUAACUAUUCGGGAUAUGUGGACGUGGACUACAAGAAGCUGAAACGGGAUCUCAAGGAUUGUUUAGAUAUCAACGAGGAGAUCAUCCUUGAUACCAGAGAUUUGGACUCCUUGUACCGGUCAAUCAUGAAAACUCUCCAGGCUAGUCUUCCUACCGGAUACGGCUUUGCUGCGGGUGUUAUAGCGGGCUUUCGCUUGGGCUGA